AUGACUUCUGCAACUGGCAGUUAUUGGUUUCAGCGAAUUAUCACUUUGAAAAAGAAGUCACGUGGAUGUCAUUAUGUUACGGAUGAGAUUAGAAAAGCUUUGCCAGAAAUUGGACAACUACAAAUGGGUAUUUUACAUCUUUUUAUUCAGCAUACAUCAGCUACUCUAACAAUUAAUGAAAGUUGGGAUCCAUCUGUUACAACAGAUAUGGAAAUGGUUCUAAAUCAUCUUGUACCUGAGUCACUUAAAUACAAACAUAAUUGUGAAGGUGCUGAUGACAUGCCUGCACAUGCAAAACAAGCAUUACUUGGUGGACCCAGUAUUACCGUACCUAUUACAAAUGGUCAGUUAGCCUUGGGUACUUGGCAAGGAAUAUGGCUUUGUGAACAUCGGAACUCUGGUUCUUCGCGUCAAGUAGUGGCCACAAUACAAGGAUGCCUACGAUAG